CCCGUGCGGGCAGCGGGGGCGCCGCCUGCCCGGGAGAACACUUGGGCCUCCCCCCGGGCGAGCAGGGCCCCUCCGGGGCGGCGAAGGAGGAGCGGCCCCUGCGACCGGCGCUCGGGAGCUCUGCUCGGGAAGAGUGCCAGCUCGCUCCCUGCCCCAGCGGUCAGGAUGUCCGAGAACCAGGCCAAUGCCAACAACACCGGGGGCGGCGCGGCUGCCGGCGCGAACAACCGGGGGGUCCGCAAUCCCAACCUCAACCAGAACCCCUUGAUCAAUGUGCGCGAUCGCCUCUUCCAUGCCCUCUUCUUCAAGAUGGCAGUGACCUACGCCCGCCUGUUCCCACCGUCCUUCCGCCGUAUCUUCGAGUUCUUCGUUCUCCUCAAGGCUCUCUUUGUGCUCUUCAUCCUGGCUUACAUUCACAUUGCCUUCUCCCGAUCGCCCAUUAACUGCUUAGAGCAUGUGCGGGAUAAAUGGCCACGCGACGGCAUCUUGCGGGUGGAAAUACAACGCAACUCGAGCCGAGCCCCCAUCUUCUUGCAGUUCUGUGAUGUUGAAAAGUUCCCAGGAAUGGCAGUUGAGUCCACAGCUGAGGAAGAGGAGGAAGAAGAGGAGGAAAUGACUGUGGAUAUGUUUGAAAACAGCUCUAUCAAGUUUGAGCUGGAUAUUGAGCCCAAGGUGUUCCUCAAGCCAUCCCGGAUGAGCAGCACCGAGGCACUGACCCACAACGAAAGCCAGGAGUUCUCAUUUAGUGAAUCAACCACUAAAGUGUGGCCACAGGAAGAGUACAUUGUGGAGUACUCUUUGGAGUAUGGGUUUUUGCGUCUGUCCCAGAGCACUCGACAACGCCUCAGCAUCCCAGUUAUGGUGGUAACUUUAGAUCCCACCAGGGACCAGUGCUUUGGGGACAGAUUUAGUCGCCUAUUGCUGGAUGAGUUCCUGGGUUAUGAUGACAUCCUGAUGUCAAGUGUCAAAGCUUUAGCUGAAAAUGAAGAAAACAAAGGUUUCCUUCGCAAUGUGGUAUCUGGGGAGCACUAUCGCUUUGUCAGCAUGUGGAUGGCUAGGACUUCAUACCUUGCAGCCUUUGUCAUCAUGGUCAUAUUUACUCUGUCCGUUUCAAUGCUGUUGCGUUACUCGCACCAUCAGAUCUUUGUCUUCAUUGUUGAUCUGUUACAGAUGCUGGAAAUGAACAUGACAAUUGCCUUCCCUGCUGCUCCCCUACUCACUGUCAUUCUGGCUUUAGUAGGUAUGGAGGCCAUUAUGUCAGAGUUCUUCAAUGACACCACGACUGCAUUUUACAUCAUCCUUAUUGUAUGGCUGGCUGACCAAUAUGAUGCUAUCUGUUGCCACACCAAUACGAGUAAGAGACAUUGGCUCAGGUUCUUCUAUCUGUAUCACUUUGCCUUUUAUGCUUACCACUAUCGAUUCAAUGGACAGUACAGCAGCCUGGCUCUGGUCACCUCAUGGCUGUUCAUCCAGCAUUCAAUGAUCUAUUUCUUCCACCAUUAUGAGCUGCCAGCUAUUCUCCAGCAGAUCAGGAUCCAAGAGAUGCUGUUGCAGAAUCAGCAGGUGGGCCAGGGGACUCAGACCACACUCCAGGACAACCUCAACAACAACACUACAGCUGCCCCGGUUGACAUGGGGAGCCGACGACCCCACCUGGCCGCUGGACCCUCUGGGGAGAGCAGCAGUCCUGCUGCACUGACUCCUAGCGAGGCCUCCAGUGUCAUUGCUGCUGCCACAGCUGCUUCUGUUGGGAGUGAUCUGAACUGGGUAGCUGAGACAGCUGCCAUCGUUACAGAAGCCUCGUUUCUCUCUGACCUGAGCACUACCCUCUUGGAGCCAAAUGUAGUGCAUGAAGCCAUGGCCAACAGGAAUCCUCAGGAUGCUUCUGCUGCCUCCAGUUUGGUAGCCCGAAUCAGAGUCAGCAGCGACCGUCCAGAGACUGCUGUGGGCUCCAUCACUAUUGAAGUCACUUCAACAUCUGUGGUUGCUGCAGCAGAUAUUCCCCCUGCUACAGAGGAGGCACCAGCUAUGCUCCUUGUCCCGGUACAGGGAGAUGGGGCCUCUGUCCCCAGCCCUUCCCUUCCUGAGCAGACUGAAGCUGUAGAAGGGUCAGACAGCCAAGCAAAGCCUAGUGGAAAGGACUGCGUUGCAAACAGCAGUGUGGCAGAGCCCCCCCCGCCAGCCUUUGUGCAGAAUACUGAUCUGGACAAACGUUUGGGUCAUGCCCUAGGGGACCAGGGGGAGAGUAACCCUUGUCCAGCACCAGCGGAUAGUACAGCUAGCUCCAAACCUUGCUCGGAGCCAGACUUGAGGAGCCUGUCUUGAGUCUCUGUUCUUGGCAACUCUGGACUGCCAGGAAGGCAUUUGGAUUUCAUUUGUUAUUGUUUCUCACCUCACCGUCAUCCUUAACCCCUGAAUUCCUCUUAGUGGAGGCAGAGUAGCUGGGACAGAGAAAAGGUGCUGCAGUAAACUCCCCUGAGAAAAGUAAAUGUGUGCUUGUGUAUGAGAAGGAAUGAAUGCACGUGGGACUGCUAGAUGCCAGCUUCUUGCUGCAGGGAGGGAAUUAUGAUGCGUUUGCUUUCAGAGCCUGCAAGGCACCUGGGGCCUUGUGCUUUCCCUGAAGUUGCUGGCAAGCAGGGUGGUUGGAUUAACUCUGUUGUGGUCAGCUCAGUGUUACAACUUUUCUUUGCCCCCCACAGCAGCUUCAACUUUGCCCCUAAGGUUGCAUUUGCAGUCCUGGUAGUGCUCAUAAGUGUGAGCUGAUUUGUGACAAACCCUGUUUGUGUAUGGCAACUUUCUGGAUAGAAUAGGAACUGCAUAUGAACGAGGAGAGUGUUUUCAGACAUCCU